UCAUGCUGUCUAUCGUGCUGUGUACCGAGCCCAGCCUGACUUGCGCUUCUAGCCUUUAUGUCAGUGUCCAUACGUGUGCGUGUGGGAUCCAUUCACACGAGUGAGUGACUCAUUGGAUAGCUGGUGCAUGCCUUGGCAUCAACGCAUACUCAUGUCAGGCAACAGUUGACAUGCGACGUACGUAAAAGGGGCAAAAACGUACAAACCAAUACACACAUCACACAACUCGACUUUCCCCUCUCCCUGUCCCUCUCCCAACGGUCCUUUCCUUAUCUUUAUCCAUCCAUCCAUCCAUCCGGCCAGCAAUGGCUACGUGCUGGCAGCCGAAUUGCAUGUAGGGAGUAUCCAGAAUGGGACAAAAACAAGUUGGAGAUGUGGGCGGGGGCGGGUGUGUGGUUGUGUGGGUGCCAUGUGUCGCUCUCUCCGUCCUUUUCUGCCCUUUCUGUUUCUGUGUGUGUGUGUGUGUGUGUGUUUGGUGGGGCGGCAAAAGUCAGCUCAAGUGACGCAACACAACGCGGCAGGCAGGCCAAUGGGAGAGAGGGGAGAGAGAGAAGCCAGGAGCUAGCUACGGGAGAGCGAGCGACACUUUCUGCUGGGUUGUCUGGCUGGCACCGACACACCAACCCACGCCCCACACCGCACACACACAAACGUCCCUUGUCCGGCGGUCCAUCCAUCCAUUCGGCUGCACAAGACACUGGCACACGAAGCACAAGACAUCCCAUAUCAGUGCACAAACCAAAGGAAAGACACACACGCCACGCCACAUCUGCACACACACCCACGCAUACGCACAUGCAGAUCCGGUCUGUCUCUGAGCCAGCCAUCGAGGGUGGGAAUCUCUAUCUACGAGUGUGUGGGUGUGGGUGUGGGGUGUGUGUGUGAGCACUCACGCGCCGGGUGCCCAAGGUCGUAAGGCCCUGUUCUUGUCGCCACGGUUGGGGAACUCGUCGCUGUCCUCCAUGCUGUCACGGUCAAGCUGAGUCGCCUGGCGACGCUUCCGGAACGCCCCUGUCCCGUGUGUGGUGUGGGGGUGCUGGGCGUAGUGGCCCCCGGCAGCCGCAGCAGCCGCACCGGCGUAGGAGUGGUACGAUGGCGCAUUUGCGUUGUUGUGGUGGUGCUGGCUGUGUCGGUUGGGCUGCUGGGAGGCCGGUGCGGGUGGUGCAGGAGGAUGCUGAUGGUGGUUGGGCUGCUGCUUGGCCUUGUUCUGCUGUGCGCUCGAGUCGAUCUUGACCAGCUCGGCCCGUGGUGGACGACCAGGCGCACCACCGCCCAUCAUGCUCUGCUGCUGGUACGGCUUGGCGGCAGCCGCCGGCCGCGGCCGCGGUGGCGGGCGGCCGCAGUCCCCGAACCGCAUCUGCCGCUCCUGCAUCUUCCGGCGCUCCUCCUCCUGCUCCUGCUCCUCCUCCUCCUCCUCCUCAGUCUCGCCACCAGCACCAGCACCAGCACCAUCAGUCAGCCCGAACCGCUGCGCCCUCUCCAAUCUCUUCUGCUCCUCACUCCCACCACCACCAUCGCCGGGGCGGAGGGGAGGGGGGCGCCUCGAGGCAGCAGCAGGAGGCGGGGCUUGUUUGGGGAGGUGGAGUGGUGGAACGGGGGGGCUGGUGUGCUGCUGCUGCUGAUGCUGGUAUGAGAAGGGUAUGUGAGGGGCGGCUGGUGUGGGGUCGAUGGGGCCGUAUGUGGGCCACUGGUGGCAGUGGGGCGGCUUGUCCAGCUCGAUGAUGCGCAUCCCCUUGGGUUUGGUCUUCAACUCACCGCUGCACAACACACACACACAGACACAGACACACAUGGGCAGCUCAGCUGUCCUUCGCCUCUGUGUGUGUGUGUGUAGGUUGCCUGCUUACGAGAUGGAGUGUGAGUAUCCGACAAUGGCCACUUUUAGCUUGAGCUGGCGGCACUUGUCAACCACCUCAGAAAAGCCAGAGUCACCCGCAAACCUGACACAACCAGUCCAGUCAACAACACAUACAUGCAUCAACCUCACAUCAGGCCUCUGUUCGUAAGGUUGCUUACAGGACUAUCAUCUUGAUGUCGGACUCUGCGUGUUGGGUGCUGCUCUCGCCCUGAUCGGCCCGCCGGCGGAUGAAGUCGGGCGAGUUCUCUGACACACAGAGGCCAGACCAAACACAGAGAGAUCGUCAACCAAUGUGACUAUGAGCGACAGGUGCGCCAGCAUGCAUACCGUAGGCCGUUUCGAGCAUCUUCAUAGCGAUGGAACAGUCAACCCCACGCUGCACCCAACCUGACGCCACACACACACACACACAGAGGCCGACACUACAGACGUGAACCGAUUGCUGCGUUACCGUCGCUAUAGCCGACGCCCUGCUUCUUGAAGUCGAAUAGCUGUACGUUGAUGCGCUGCUGCCUGAGGAAGCUGUGGAACUCAGUGCGCUUCUGGCGGUCCCCAUGACCCCUGCCACGAGUCACCUUCGAGUACCUACGACACCAUAGCCAGAUGAUCGAGGCUAUCUCUGUGCGCGCGUGUGUCAUAUACCAUUUGUCUGGAUCUCCGUCGUAGUAGAAUGUUUGUGAGUUGUCGACGCCCAGUAUGUCCUGCACGUACUUGAGCACCCGGCAGAACAUCUCACCCAUCAGGUCAGAUCGGUCUUGCUGAGACUCCUUGUAAUUCGCCUGAAUAUUCAAUGUUUUUGUCAGUCAGUCAACCAGACACAAAAAAGAACAAUCCAUCCAUCCAUUUGUGUUUCCCUCUGCGUCUAUCUGUCACAGCUGGUCGUGAUGCACACCAAUGCGUCUCGUGUGGCUGGGCUGUGGAGUUGUUUGGAUGUGCACCUGACCUUUAUGUAGGCGCCAUCUAUGACAAACACGGCUUUGGGUCUCCCGGUGGCCAUGCUGGUGAUGUGACCUGGGAGGACGUCCGUGGGAGGGGCAGCGGUU